UUAUAGCAGCUAAGCUUUGUGUAUACUGUUGGAAUUCCUGUGGAUUUCUGAAUAGUUUGUCAUGAGUUUGCUGCAUCUUGACAUUGAGGAAUGACAAAUGGAAAUAGCUUCCUCAUUUUUUACUUUGUCCUUGAAUUUAAAUGACAUUUUGGCAGCUGGUUUAUUCACCUGUGCCGAGUUUAGAGUCGAAUGCAUGUUGAUUAACUGCAAUGUUAAAUAUUUUCUGCCAGAAGAGGUGAAUGGUAUGACUCACUUAACAAGAAAAUAAUCCAUGCCAGGGUGGUGUGAUACAGUCCAACUUUCAGUUAGUAACAUAAGACAUUAACAUUUAUAGCUAACUAUUUAUAGCUAUUUUAGGAAACAUGAGUCGUUUUCUCAACAGCCUCGCUUUUUCUCUCUCUUGAAGUUAAUACGACAAAAAUAUGCAGCUUGUCAUAAGGAGACGCUGGAAAGCACAAACUGUUUCAUCCUGAAGCCUUUCCUCUGGCAAACAACUUACUCUUACAAAGCACUGACACUGGAGACUCAUUCCUUAAAUGUCUCCUUACAGAAAACUUUAUCAUAUGAACAAUUGUUAAAUGACCACACACAUUGUUUAUCUACAUAAAGUUUAAUGGUAAAUAACUCAUUACACACACACAGAUAUACACACACUUCCUUCCAGGCCCAUCUCCUUCUCCAGCCCUUGCCAGUGAACUAAAAUAGCAAUAAUUUGUAAUAAUACAAUAUUAAAUCAUUAGUACUUUUGUUGAAUCGGCUUGUUAAUAUGCUGUGUGUAUGUGUUUGGGGAGGGUGGAUUGAUGAUGUGUCUUUGUGGGUGUAUCUGUGUUUGUGUGUGUGUGUGUGUGUGUGUGUGUGUGUGUAUGAAAGAUAAAGUUUACAUGCAUGUUUUGUUGAAAGGGACAUGACAUUAUGGGCUGCUUUGGGUCAUUCUUGAUCUUUCCUUAAUCUUAGAAUCGCCUCUUUUGCAAAAGAAAUUCUUUUUUCAAUGGAUUAUGGAUAUGGAUUGGUAAAAUGUCUGCUGACAUUCAUCUAAUUUUUGUAUGGAAAUGUUGCUGGACUUGCUGCAAAGAGUGUACGGAGAGGGAUACACCCUCAACCUCUAACCAUGUGACUGUUAGUGUUCAAAGAAGGUUAUCUACAAUUCCAUAAAAAGUUAAGUACAAAGACUUAUUUUUGUUUUCCAAACUUAUAAUGUUAUAACAAGUACUAUCAAGUCAAUGAAUGAAAGCUUUAGCUACAGUGUUCACCAAAAGAAAUCAUUAAUUAGCCAAAGCUACGGUAUAAAGCUAUAAAGAGAACAAAAGAUCAUUAGUCUCCACCAGUACGCUGUUGUUGAAUUGAACAUAGAGAUUCUGCGUUGCUAAGUAACCUCGGAUUAGACCCGCCCUCUUUUCUAACAAUCGAGCACUCAGCAUAAGGAAGUGCUCUUUUUUUCUGAAACACCAGCAAACUUCAUACUUGAAGGUAAAUAACUUCAUAUAACUGAAAAACCGGUUUUAUAAUCUUGCGUGUAAUGUAUUUUUUAAACAAUGCAAUCACGGAGUCAUUGUGUAAUUUAUAUAUACCAGCUGUUUACUCUGUCGUGUAAUGAACUCAACAGUAGGUUUUUUUUCCCCAGAGGAAUACGAAGAGGAAUAUGUACAGUACAUAUGUAUAUAGAGAUAGAAUUCAGUGCUGCGAUAUAACUAGCAUUAAUACAUUGUAACUGUUCAUAUGCCAAUAACGUGUAGGAUUAUUAUGGGGUGGGAUCACAUUCCCAAGCCUUAUAAAGAUGAUGUUGUCUUUCUAGGUAGCUUUGCCACUAGCUACUCAUCUGUUAAACUUAGAAUUCUGUUAACUUAACAAUUUCUAUAUGAAAAAUGUUGGCUGAUAUUAGGUUAUAGUGUUGGAACAUUUCCACAUUGCUUAUUUGUAGAAUACACUCAUAGAAUACUCACUGAAUAUUUCAAUGAAGGCAAACAUAUAGGCAUGUUUCUGUGACUUUCUGUUGUGACUUUCUAACUUUCUGUUAAUGUCAGUUUUUUUAGACUUGAUUUAUGAUUUUUUUUAUCACUUAAUUCAGAAAAAAUAUUAAUUUUAGGGUCGUUUUAAAAGUUUACUGGCUAGUUUAUUUAGACCUGUAUUCAGUUGCUGACUUAAGUCCAAAUGUUAUGUUAAUAUUUAUGUGGGGAAAGUUACAAGCAUUCAGAUUUGGGUUAAGCAGCUGGUUAAGUCACUUUUCUGGGCCAGAAAAGCAAUUUUUUUUUUUUUAAAUUCUAAGUUCAUGCCAGUAGAAUGGUCUGACACCACCUUUAAACACAAGUACUUGCCUUUAAAACUGAAAAAAAAAAAAACAGGAAUAGACAAUGCUGACUGAAGAAGGAAAUAGCAUUUUUUUUUAAUUUUCUGUCAACUGGAAUAAAAUGCAACAUAAACAAAAGAGACAUUUUAAAUAAAAAAAAAUGCAAAAAACAUGAAUACCACCACCCUCAUUAUUCAACAGUUAAGAAAAUAGCACUUGAUCCAGCACAUCCUAUUAUUUUGCUUGUUUUUUUUUUUUUUUUUUAAAUAUCAUGCAAAAGUUACUCAUGCAUACAAAUAAAUGAAGCCAUGAAAUACUAAAUUGAGCACAUUAGAUGGGACGUAGGCUAAAUUAUUAUCCUUUUAAUUCAAUAUUUUGAUUUGUUGAAUUAAUAAAACAAUGCCUAUUUUUUCAGUAUGCUCUGCUGUAAAGAAAACGUGACCAUGGUUCGAGCUGGUUUAAGCUGACUGAGCACCCAUGUGCUGCGCCUACAGCUCACUGUAAGUGUUGUUCAUAAUUUUGUCCAUAAUGUCGUAUUGUGGUUACUUUAAAUUGUCACUGGACUUAACACCAAUAUCACAGAAGAAAAGUUCAAGACCCUCAGCAGGAGUCAGCAUGAAGACGCUGGAAGAAAUAGACCAGCUGGAGCAGUCUAGGUUCGGUCGACCUCAUCCAAGACAUGGUCUCAAGCUGCUGUACUGGUUUGCUAAUGACUGUCUCUCUUUUAACCAAAACAAUGUUAUGCUGUCGCACUGUUAUCCAGAAAAUGGAAAUUUUGGUUUCCACUCAUUUGAGAACAAAUAUGAAAGAUACAGUGGUAAACUUCUGCCUAAAGUGGCUUUCCCCUACUAUGAGGUUGGCAAUCUAAGAAAACCAGGAGCUAAUGAUCUGCCCCAUUAUGUCCGAAAGGAUUAUACACGCUUCCCAGACAACAGCAACAUGGACCGCAUCAUAGUCAGCCUAAACAAUCACUGUAUUGAAAGAGUCUAUGUGACUGAGCACAGUGAUAGGUCAAAUUUCAACAAACACUCCACCUACCACAUCAGCAAGCACCUCAUUAUGAUUAUCAGGGGUCUGACCUUAGAGGACUUUCUUCUGAAAACUGGGUAUUUGAAACAGCAAACAAACAGUUUUCUCACAAGUCUUGUAGAAUUAAGUAACCAACAACCCCCAUGUCCUGCUCCACUGACACUCUCCAUCUUCAGUCCAGCAAUUACAUCUUCUACGACCCAAGACAUUCAGAAGGAGAUCGAAUCACUUUCUAUCUUGAUAAAGAAUAAUACACAAGGACACCAGGAAGCUUCACCAAUACCCUCCAUCUUCAGUCCAGCAAUUACAUCAUCUACGACCCAAGACAUUCAGAAGGAGAUCGAAUCACUUUCUAUCUUGAUAAAGAAUAAUACACAAGGACACCAGGAAGCUUCACCAACACGCUCCAUCUUCAGUCCAGCAAUUACAUCUUCUACGACCCAAGACAUUCAGAAGGAGAUCGAAUCCCUUUCUAUCUUGAUAAAGAAUAAUAUACAAGGACACCAGGAAGCUUCACCAACACCCUCCAUCUGCAGUCCAGCAAUUACAUUUUCUACAAACCAAGAUAUCUGCACUGACAUUGAAUCACCUCCCAUCUUUACAAAUAAUAAUAAUACCCAAAUGCGCACUACUACCAAGGAGAGUGAACUACAACUAAACGAUUUCAUUCCAGACAACACCAUGCAAUCUUUCAGGAAUUUCAACCUUCAAACCCCAUCUAAGGAUAUCCAAACAUCCAAACAACUAUCCAAACGCACACCAACCAUCGCGUCUUCAAGGAACCAAAAGACUGAUAUCAAAUCACCUGUUUCAAAAAUGAGUUUUUUCUUUUGGGGGGUGUAUUUUCUUUUGCUUUUUUUCUUUUUUUACUUCUUCUGGGAGUUCAUUAUGAGAAUAUUUAUAAUUGUCAUUUUUUUAUCAUCGUUAUUCCAGGAGCAAAACAGGAAAAAUGACAACUUCAUCCCAAGGAGAAAGAAAAGAAAUUGAAAGAGAAAUGCAUGCUACCAUUAAUAAUUAAGGAUGAUAACCAUUAACGAUGAAGGAUGAGGAUAAUGAACAAAUUACGUGUAUAUAUAUUUUACCAAGAGGAAGUGGGGAAGGAGGAAUUAGCUCUCAGUGUAUUGUAAGAAGUGUAACCAUGUAUGCUGAUGAUUCUUUCAAGGGUGGAGUGAUCUACCAGGAUAGUGCAAUCUUUUUAGCGAUGAUGAAUAAUAUUAAUAUGAAGGGUCUGAGAUAGAUGGAAAUGGAAAAUAAAGAAAUGUCAUGAAAUAGUGGGGCAGAGUGGCAUGCCAAGGCUCAAGAUCACAAAGAGCAUGUUCAUGACUUCUGACCAAAAUUAUGGAUGUUUAUUAUAAUGGAGUAAUAAGCUAGUAAUGGUCUGUCAAUGCUGGGCAGAGGUGUGGACAUGUAUUACUAUGUUUCAUAUGGUGCACUUUAUGGUUUUAAUGUGGGUUCUAUGUAGGAUUUUAAAUUAACUGUAUUAACUGAAGCUUUGAGUUGCUGGUCACAGAGAAAGUGUUAUUGAACACACACACACACACACACAUAUAUAUAUAUAUAUAUAUA